GACAAAGGAAAACAAAAAUUUGUUGAGGAGGCAAGAAUAGCCAGGAUCUCAUCUUCAUAAAUAUCUCCCCAGAUUCCUCUCCAUUUUGAUCAUCAUCACCUUGAGAUCCCACUUUCAAGCUACACUCCUCCUUCUAUUCUUCAUACCCCCUCUGCAGCCAAUCGCUGCCCUCCCAUCGAUCCCCCUAUCGGCGGCGAUCCCCGAACCUUCAAGCAUUCUACUGUGUUUCCCUCGGGAAUUCACAAGCAAGCCAAACCCCCUCCAACCAGAAUUGUAACCCCGCGGCUCACCCCGCCGCAAAUCGGAAAAGCUGGCGCCCCCAUCGACGACGCAGCGCCUCAGCCUGAUCUCCAGACACCUGGACCAGCGCCUGCCGUUGCCUGAGCUUAACACACCCUUCUCGACCGAGAGAAACUCCCUGGCUCCUGACGACGUCGAAUAUAAACCCAUUGAUCGUUCCAUUCCAUCUUCUCCCACUACCAAGUCGCCCACCAUGUCGUCUAUCCAGGCCCCUCACAACACUCUGCUCAUCCCGGGCCCCAUUGAGUUUGACGAUGCUGUUCUGCAGUCCAUGUCCCACUAUGCUGAGAGCCAUGUCGCUCCCGGCUUCGUCAAGGUCUUCGGCGAGACGUUGACCCUCCUUCGCAAGCUCUUCCAGUCCACCAACCCCUCCGCUCAGCCCUUCCUCAUCGCCGGCUCCGGUACCCUCGGUUGGGACCUGGUCGCUGCCAACCUGAUCGAGCGUGGCGAGAAUGCCCUCGUCCUGAACACCGGUUACUUCGGCGACUCCUUCGGCACCUGCCUGACCACCUACGGCGCCGAGGUGACUCACCUGCGCGCCCCGGUCGGUGAGCGCCCCUCCCUCGGCGAGAUCGAGGCCGCCCUCAAGCAAAAGCCCUACAAGCUGCUCACCGUCACGCACGUUGACACCUCCACGGGUGUCCUGAACGACAUCAAGGCCGUGACCGCGGUUGUCCGCCGCGUCAGCCCUGACACCCUCGUCAUCGUCGAUGGUGUCUGCAGUGUGGGAUCUGAGGAAAUCGCCUUCGACGAGUGGGACCUCGACGCGGUCGUUACCGCCUCGCAAAAGGCCAUCGGCUGCCCUCCCGGUCUGAGCAUCGUCUACUGCUCCGGCCGCGCCAUUCAGCGCGCCCAGUCCCGCCAGACCCCUCCCGCCUCUUACUACGCCUCCAUCGCCAACUGGCUCCCCAUCAUGCAGAACUACGAGGCCUGCAAGCCCUCGUACUUUGCUACCCCGCCCACCCAGCUCGUUCACGCCCUGCACACCACCCUCAGCCAGAUCACCUCCCGCCCCAUGUCUGAGCGCAUCGCUAUCCACACCGCCGCUUCUGAUAAGGUCAAGGCUGCCAUUGCCGAGCUCGGUCUGUCCCAGGUUGCCCCUAACCCGGACGCCCAGGCUCACGGCAUGACUGCCAUGUACUUGCCCGACGGCUUGACCCCGCCCGAUGUCCUGCCCGGUCUGCUGAAGCGGGGUGUUAUCUUCGCAGCUGGUCUGCACAAGGAGAUUGCUACCAAGUAUAUCCGCUUCGGUCACAUGGGUGUCAGUAUCUCGGACCCUAACCGCAAUGAUAUUGAUAAGGCUUUGGCGGCGCUGAAGGAGGCUUUGGCUGAGGCUAAGCAGGCUAAGGGUCUGUAGAUGGGAGUGUUGUGUAUACCCGUGGAAUUGUGAUAGGUUACGUGUCCAUAGAUUGCAAUGAAUGACCUGACUAUAGAUCAA